AUGGGGCCCCGGGCAAUAGGGGUCCCUGUGUCCUUGCCCAAACUCAAAAAAGCCUAUGAAAAAGGUACCAGGGGCAUCUCAUGGGGCCCCUACUGACCCCAGGCCCUUGGGCAGUGCAUGAGUUCCAAAUGGUCAGUCCGCCCCUGGUGCUGAAUGUUCACAGGUGUGGGGUUGGGAACGUCACUGACUGCCAUCUUUGAAACAUUUACACCAUCCAAAUGUGUUACUGCACCUGAGCGUCUCAUCGCUGUACUAACCAUAGAUUUCAUGUGUCUAGCUGUGAAUGGUCACAGUGAUCACAUGCAC